AUGGAUCUUCGCCAAAUCUUCUUUACUCGCCGCAAUGGCAUAGGUAGAGUCUUCCCAAUCAAGCUAUAUCACGCUCUUCUCAUUACAAAGGCGUUCCCUGACGCCUACUGGUAUACAGGUGUGAUGUGGAUUACGAAAACAGUCAUGAAAGUAAAUGCUCAAAUUUUGGCAACACUCCUCGGAAUUCACGCUGUUCAAGGCGGACUGUUCCACAAACAAGGAAACUUUUCUCGCCAUAACUUCACACAGAUUAUGAUUCAGAACUCACCGGAAUUUGAAGCAAUUCCGGAAUGUCAAGACGUUGAUGACUUCUCAAUUCGACUCUUUACCGACUCAAGAAACCGAUUCACUCGUGAUACGCCAUUUGAGCUGGACCAGGAUACUAUUUUCAUGGCUGGCGAUUAA